AUGAGCUUGACAAGCAUUGGCCCAGAGUCUGAAUUUUCAGAAGACGAGCAGGUUUGUCUGCUAGGUCUGGAAGAGGACAGCGACUGUGAAGGCCCUUUGAAGAGGCCCUCUCCUGCAUCAGAGAGCUGUCCCUGCCCUCGCUCCGGAGAGCCAGAGCAGACCCAGGUCUCCAAGAAACGCUGCCGGCCAGUGCGCUCCAAAGCCCGCAGGGUUGCGGCCAACGUGCGGGAGCGCAAGCGCAUCCUGGACUACAACCAGGCCUUUGACGCCCUGCGCAAGGCUCUCAAGCACGACCUGAGUGGGAAACGCCUGUCUAAGAUCGCCACGCUUCGCCGGGCGAUCCACCGCAUCUCCGUGCUGUCCAUGAUCCUGCAGGCUCGCCCGGAGGAACGAGCGGCCAUGCCACCCUGCAGGCAUCUGGAAUGCCAGGACAGGCCAGAGGAGGAGACGACUGGUCCCAGGUUCCAGGACCUGGCAGAGAGAUAUGCCCAGUGCCGGCUGGAGCUCCAGGGCACCCAACCACACACCAUGCCCCGCGAGAUGCACUUAUGCCGGGAUAGUCCCGUGAACCCUCUAGCCCCAUGUCCACCUUCUCCUCAGUAUAACCCGGAGUCCCUCAGUACCCAGUCCUACAUGACUCACAGACAAUAUGGUCACCCUCAGGAAGAUCUGAGCUACCUCCGCUAUGGUGGAGGCCCCAGAUAUCAGCAUGGGUUUAAGGGAACAUGUUAUCUGAACCAUGUGAACUGCUCCAGCUUUGCAGGUACUGCCUCUGUGCCUCUCCUCUGGCAGCAGGGUUACCAGCAGUACUCGGGAUUCCAGCAGUAUCUGAGCAUUCGUUAA